UUUGGGAAUAAUUUUGUGGUUUAAUUUUGGUUUUGAUUCUUGAGCUGGGGGCUUUUUUUAUUUUUAUAUUUUAUGGAUUAGUUGAUUUAUUUUAUUCUUUUUGUGAGUAGAUGUAAAUCUUCAAUCUUCAAUCUUCAAUCACCCACCCCAAAUCCAAAACCAACUUCCAAGCCUCCCCAUCAAAACCAUCAAACCCAACAAUGUCCCCCAAUCCCCGCAUCUGGACGCGAAAAGAAAUCGAAUCCCUAAUAUCCCAAAACCACAAAAUAACAAUCCUCAAUGGGGACGUAAUAAAAGCAGACGCAUAGCUACCAUAUCAUCCAGGCGGAGAAAAAUCAAUCAUGCAUAUGAUUGGUCGCGAUGCAACUGAUGAGAUUAGAGCGUUGCAUUCGAAGGAUACACAAGUGUUUAUGCGCAAAUUUGUGAUAGGGGUGGUAGAGGGGAGGUGGAAGAUUUUUUUGCCGAGUAUUAGGGGGUGUUUUAGGGGUUGGAGUGGGAGGAUGAGGAUGAGGAUGAUGGGGUUUUGUGCGAGGAGGGAGGAGAGGAAGAAGAAGAAGAAGGAGGAGAUGCUAGCUUGUUGAGAAUUUCUUCAACAUCAUCCCUAAUUUCCGAUACUGGAGAAAAAAGGAAUGAGGUUCGUUGGAGAAGAACAGAUAAUAAGAUAUCUAUUCCUCUCCUUUCGUCUUCAUCCUCACCAGAAUCGAAAAACUCACAUUUCACAUCCGCAGAAGCAUUAACCGCACACCUAAUAUCAACCGACCUCACCAAAUAUCCCUCUCUAGACGCAAAAACCCAAGAAAAAAUCAUCACCAAAUAUCGCGAACUCGAUAAAAAACUACAAGCAGAAGGUCUCUACAACUGUCCCUACAGCUUCUACGCUAUUGACAUCCUCCGAUACAUAAUCCU